AUGCAAAGAGCCGCCAAACUUUCACAUUUCCCAAUUGAACCAUCACUCGCUCAACCGCCACCACCAUCAACUGUUGCCAAUACAGAACUUCAGUACACCAGGAACUUGAAUCUAGUCCAGACCUUAGAUAGCUUUAACAUACCAAGAAUACAAGAACAUCCGCCAGUUUUCCUGCUUUCCAACACAAAACACAUUAAUCGAUGUUUUCAAAUGAUGAAACAAAAUCUGGCAUGGCCAUUCGAAUAUGUCGGAUUCGAUACGGAAACCACAGUAUUUCGCAGAGAAAAUCCCCGAGUUGUCUCAAUGAUACAAAUAGCAACACAUGAAUUAUGUCUUAUUUUUCAAGUGUAUCGAAUCACACGAGGAGACAACACAAAAUUUCCGCGUGCAUUGGCUGACUUCCUCGAUGAUCCAAAAACCCUAAAAGUCGGAGUGAAUGCAAGUGGUGAUGCUAACUGGCUUCGUGAAUCUUACAAGAUUCGGUGCAGUGGUACAGUUGAUUUAGAGAAGAUGGCGCAAGAAAAGGGAUUACCUAAGCUAUCGCUAGCCGAAUUGACAUUGAUGUAUGGAAAUCCUGGACUGGUGCUGGAAAAAUCUAAAAAUUUGAUAAGAAAAUGGAAUUUUGAUGCGGUGCAGUUGGACAAAAAAUUGGUUCAGUAUGCUGCUGCGGAUGCGUUUGCGGGAUAUCAGAUUUAUUGUAAUAUGUUGGUGGAUAGACGAAAUCCCGAAUAUAAGAGUUGGGCGGAGCGGUAUCCCAUGACCAGGGAAGAAGAGGAGCAAGAAAUAUAUGAAUGGAUUUUGAGGCAAUUUAACAAAGGCAGACCAAUCAAAUUAUCUAAAUUGCUCAAUGCAGUUCAAUACGGGUACAGUCGUUGGCUCAAAACUAUUCCAGAUGUUGGUGUUCGACAUCAAGAAUUAAUAAACACCAUAAAGAAAUACAUUUCCCAAGAACUCUUAAUCUGCGAUCCCGGUCCAAAUAAGCUACCAUCACUGGAUAUUUCGGUAAAGUUGCCUGGUGUACCAUUAGAUACGCUGAUAAGCUUUAAGAAUGCCAUCACAUUUUUUGAAUCAAAAGGACUCGUGUCGAAUCAUAUAUUAUUCCUGGGAGAAAUUAUACAGUUCUUGGAGAGACCUAUUCGUCGUAAGAUUCUGUUACAGAAUUACCAGAAAUGCGAGACAGCUAUGUUAUUCAAAAAUAAUAUGGAAACAGCAGCACCAACUACAAAUACUGCUGCUUAUGAAAAACUCCUUUUGGAGUUAGUUCAGUUGAAGGCUUUGGUGGCCCCGCCUAAUAAUAAUAAAGGGCAUAUUCAUUUUAAUCCGCAAUGGGAGAAAGAAUUGGAGCAAAUUUAUAAUGAAUCAAUAAAAAAUUUAUAA